AUGGCGUUGACAUACUAUCUUUUUCAAGUGGCGGUCGCCUUGCUGGCGAUCGUGACCUACACUCUCCACCGAAAGUUGACUUUCUUCAAGCGUCGUGGGAUUCCUUAUGAUAAACCUCACCCGAUCAGGGGAAAUAUGGAUGGUUAUAAGAAGACCAGGACCGUUCAUGAAAUCUACCAGGAUUACUACAACAAAUAUCGGAAUAGCAAAGCUCCUUUUGUGGGAUUUUACCUCUUCCAAAAGCCCGCCGCCUUCAUUAUCGACCUCGAGUUGGCCAAGCAAAUUUUGAUAAAGAAUUUUUCGAAUUUCUCUGAUAAAGGUAUUUAUUAUAACGAGAAAGAUGAUCCCAUGUCGGCGCAUCUCUUUAAUCUCGAUGGUCCACAGUGGCGUUUGCUGAGGAGCAAACUGUCCUCGACCUUUACAUCUGGUAAAAUGAAGUUCAUGUAUCCCACUGUUCUUUCGGUGGCCGAGGAGUUUAUGGCUGUGAUGCAUGAGAAGGUCGCGCAGAACUCAGUUUUGGAUGUCAGGGAUCUGGUGGCCCGGUUCACGGUGGAUGUCAUCGGAACCUGCGCCUUUGGCAUCCAGUGCAACAGUCUGCGCGACGAGAAGGCCGAGUUUUUGCACUUUGGCCGACGGGCUUUGUUGGACCAUCGACAUGGCAAACUCUUGACGGGCUUCAUGCGCAGCUAUCCCAAUUUGGCCAGGCGAUUGGGUUUCCAACGGAACGCUAAACAUACGCAGGACUUUUAUCACCGCAUUGUCACAGAGACUGUGAGUUUGCGGGAGAAGGAGAAUAUCAAGCGGAAUGAUUUCAUGGACAUGCUAAUUGCCUUGAAAAAUCAAAAGGAAAUGACCCUCGAGAGCGGCGAGGUGGUCAAGGGUUUGACCAUGGAGGAGGUCGUUGCCCAGGCUUUUGUGUUCUUUAUUGCUGGGUUCGAUACCUCAUCGUCGACAAUGGGAUUUGCACUCUACGAGCUGGCCAAGAAUCCGCAGAUCCAGGAGAAAGUAAGAGCCGAGGUGGAGGAGGUUUUGCAGCAACAUGAUCACAAGUUUACCUACGAGUGCAUUAAGGAUCUCAAGUACCUCAACCAGGUUAUAAAUGAAACUCUCCGCCACUAUACCAUAGUACCCAAUGUGGAUCGAGUGGCCGCCAAGCGCUUUGUGGUCCCCGGUAAUCCAAAAUUUGUGAUCGAGGCCGGCCAGUCGAUCAUCAUUCCUUCAUCGGCCAUCCACCACGAUCCCAGCAUCUAUCCCGAACCCAAUGAAUUCCGUCCUGAGCGAUUCUCCCCCGAGGAAUCGGCCAAUCGUCCUUCAGUUGCUUGGCUGCCCUUUGGCGAAGGACCUCGCAACUGUAUUGGCCUGCGAUUUGGACAGAUGCAAGCUCGCACUGGACUCGCUCUGCUCAUCAAGAACUUUAGGUUCUCCACAUGCGAACAAACAGCAGAUCCUCUCAUCUACGAUCCGAAUUCUACAAUUCUUCUCGGGCUGAAAUGCGGAAUUCAUUUGAAAGUGGAGGCUAUCUAAAAGAAAGGUUAUUGAAGAGUGAA